AUGGGUUUUGGAUAUGGGAGAGAAUCGAAGACGGAGAAAUUGGGAGGGCUACUCCGGUCAUUUUCGUGGUGGAGGAGCGGCAGGAGCAGGGGCGGAUACGUAGUGGCGGAAGGGAUUGGGUUGGUUUACUCAGUCGAGACCAUGCGGGCCACUGGCAUAGUUGGUGAAGGAGUGUUUAGUUUGGUUGUGGUCUUCAACACUUGGUUUAAGAGCUCUUCCUUUUCUUGUGGCCUAACGAGUGAUUCAGGUGGUGACGAUGGGGCUGAUGACGACAUGGACAUGCUGACGAAAAGUUUACCGGCGACAGCAGUGUUAGAGGGGCGGAGGAAAGGGUGGUGUACGAGGAAGUGGACACCCCCUUCCGAUAUUUUCUUGAGGGAGUUGAACUCCAAUGCUUCUGACUCACUGGACAAGAUUAGAUUCCCGUCCCUCACUGAUAAAUUGGAUAAAGAACAGAAAAUACUUUCCAUCUGUGAUAGAGGUAUAGGCAUGACAAAGGAAGAUUUGAUCAAGAAUUUGGGAACCACUGCCAAGUCUGGAACUUCAGCAUUUGUGGAGAAAAUGCGUCGAGUGGAGUUCUUAACCUUAUUAUAG